CGUUUUUCCGUUUCCAUUUACGAUGGACAUUUCCGCGUCAGCCGGGCCUCCCACCCGCUCGCCGCGGGCUUUAAAAGGAGCGGGGUCCGGCGCAGCGGGACUUCGCAGGGAUCCGAGACGGGACAAUGACGGCCGAGGAGCGGCGGAACCUGCACGCCUUCCGGGACUAUGUCACGAAGAUCCUGGACCCUACUUACAUCCUGAGCUACAUGGCGCCCUGGUUUAAGGAGGAUGAGAUGCAGUAUAUUCAGGCCGAGAAAAGCAACAAGGGCGUGAUGGAGGCUGCCUCGCUUUUUCUCAAGUUCCUCCUGGAGCUGCAGGAGGAAGGCUGGUUCCGUGCCUUUCUGGAUGCUCUUCACCACGCAGGUUAUUCUGGACUUUAUGAAGCUAUUGAAAGUUGGGAUUUCCAAAAAAUUGAAAAGUUGGAGGAAUAUAGAUUGCUAUUAAGGCGUUUGCAACCAGAAUUUAAAACCAGAAUUAACCCAAAUGAUAUUCUUCCUGAAAUAUCUAAAUGCUUAAUCAAUCAGGAAUGUGAAGAAAUUAUACAGAUUUGUUCCAACAAGGGGCCAAUGGCAGGUGCAGAGAAAAUGGUUGAGUGCCUUCUCAGAUCCGACAAGGAGAACUGGCCCAAAUCUCUGACACUUGCUUUGGAGAAAGAAGAGAGCAAUUUCAGAGAACUGUGGAUUACAGAGAAAGGUGCGCAAGAGAAAACGAAAGAUCUUGAGGAUGAGGAAGCAGAAACUUCCGAGGUGCAGAUUUUCUACAAGGAAGAACCGGAACACCAGAAUCUUAGUCAGAAUUCAUGCCCACCUUCAGAAGUGCCUCUUGCUCACAGCCCUCUGAAGCCAAGACAUUACCAACUAGAGCUGGCUUCUCCUGCUAUACACGGAAAAAACACAAUAAUAUGUGCUCCCACCGGUUGUGGAAAAACCUUUGUUGCACUUCUUAUAUGUGAACAUCAUCUUAAAAAAUUUCCACAAGGACAAAAGGGGAAGGUUGUGUUUUUUGCUAAUCAACUCCCAGUGUAUGAACAGCAAAAAUCUGUGUUCUUAAACUAUUUUGAAAGACUUGGGUACAGAGUUUCAGGCAUAUCUGGAUUAACAUUUGAGAAUAUCUCAGUGGAACAGAUUAUUGAGGACAGUGACAUCAUCAUUUUAACUCCACAGAUUCUUGUGAACAGCCUUAAAGAGGGGACUAUCCCAUCACUCUCUGUCUUCACUUUGAUGAUAUUUGAUGAAUGCCACAAUACCAAUAAGCGCCAUCCUUACAAUAUGAUCAUGUUCAGUUAUCUAGAUCAGAAACUUGGAGGAUCUUCAGACCCACUGCCCCAGGUCAUUGGGCUGACCGCCUCAGUUGGCGUUGGGGAUGCCAAGAACACAAGGGAAGCCAUGGAGUAUAUCUGCAAGCUGUGUGCUUCUCUGGACACAUCAGUGCUAGCAACAGUCAAGGACAACCUGGAGGAACUGGAGGAAGUUGUAUAUAAGCCCCAUAAGUUGUUCAGGAAAGUAGAAUCACGGAGCACCAACAGAUUUGAAUAUAUCAUCUCUCAGCUGAUGAAAAAGACAGAGAGUCUGGUAAAGAGUGUCUUUGAUGAACUCGGUACCAUAAGCCUCGAAAGCUUAUCUCGAAUUCGAAAUAGGCGUUUUGGAACACAGAAAUACGAACAGUGGAUCGUUGACGUUCAGAAAAAGUGCACCGUGCUGCAGCUGCCGGACAAAGAGAGAGAGAGCAGGGUCUGCAAAGCGCUGUUUCUCUACACUUCCCAUUUGCGGAAAUUUAAUGAUGCUCUCAUUAUCAAUGAGCAUGCACGGACAAAAGAUGCUCUGGAUUACUUGAAAGACUUCUUCCGUAAUGUCCGAGCGUCAGGAUUUGAUGAGAUUGAGCAGGAUCUCACUCGGAGAUUUGAAGAAAAGCUGCAGGAACUAGAGAGCAUUUCCAUGGAUCCCAGCAACGAGAACCCUAAACUCAGGGACCUCUGCUACGUCUUGCAGGAGGAGUACCACCUGAACCCAGAGACCAGAACCAUUCUCUUUGUGAAAACCAGAGCGCUUGUGGACGCUUUAAAGAAUUGGAUUGAGGAACAUUCUACACUCAGCUUUCUAAAACCUGGCAUAUUGACUGGACGUGGCAAAACAAAUCAGAACAUAGGAAUGACCCUCCCAGCACAGAAGUGUGUACUGGAUGCAUUCAGAACCCACGGAGACAACAAGAUCCUGAUCGCCACCUCGGUGGCUGAUGAAGGCAUUGACAUUGCGCAGUGCAAUCUGGUCAUCCUGUACGAGUAUGUGGGCAACGUCAUCCGAAUGAUCCAGACCAGAGGCAGAGGAAGAGCAAGAGGUAGCAAGUGCUUCCUUCUGACUAGUAAUGCUGAUGUAAUUGAAAAAGAAAAAAUGAACAUGUGCAAAGAAAAAAUGAUGAAUACCUCCAUUUUAAGCCUUCAGACAUGGGAUGAAGCAGCAUUUAAAGAAAAGAUUCGCCAGAUACAGAUUACUGAAAAAUUAAUCAGGGAUAAUCAAGGAAAAACAGAACCUGUACUUGAUAAGGAAAAUAAAAAGCUGCUCUGCAGAAAGUGCAAAGCCUUUGCAUGUUAUACGGCUGAUAUAAGAGUGAUAGAGGAAUGCCAUUACACUGUGGUUGGAGAUGCUUUCAGGGAGUGCUUUGUGACUAGAUCACAUCCCAAACCAAAGAAUUUGGGGAUUUUUGAGAAGAAAGCAAAGAUAUUCUGCGGUAGACAGGACUGCAGCCACGACUGGGGGAUCUGUGUGAGGUACAAGACAUUUGACAUCCCACUUAUAAAAAUUGAAAGUUUUGUGGUGGAGGAUAUUGCCACUGGAGCUCAGAGACUGUAUGCAAAGUGGAGGGACUUUCAUUUUGAGAAGCUACCAUUUGAUGCUGCAGAAAUGUCCAAAUGACCUCAGGACUCAUCUUCAGCUACAGAGAAUGGGUGAUCUUGAGUGGAGAAUUACCCCCAGUGGAGAAAUCAUACCACUGUGAAGAUAUUUACCUGAGGCUGAUACUGCACUGAAUGUUGAUCACUUAAUUCACCUUUUAUUCAUUGCUUUCAACAGUUUGUACUAUAUCAUAUACAUAAAGCAUGCAUGAGUGAGUCA